UAGGAAUGCCCCUGUCGGCCAGGAGGGGAACUGCUUAGCUCCACCUCGCCGAAAUGAAAACAAUUUAGUCGUGCUCAAAUCUGGUGCAUUAGUCUGAUUUAAAACGAGUCGAAGAUACACGGAUCAUAAACAAUCUUUUGUUAGUGCCCCUUGAAAAGGAAUCAAAGGUUUUUCUACCUGAUCACGUCUCACCCUGCGGAAGAGCGAAAAAUUUGGAGCCGAAGACAUGAACGGAGACGAUAUCAGUAUCGCAUCCACUUUGGGCACCCUCGAUCACAUGACAGACGCGCCCUUUCACACGCCGAGUUUCGGCGACGAGAGUUUUGAAAUUCACAACUUGCCGCUCGUGAACCAGGGUGAGAUGAACCUGCAAAAUUCGUACCAACCAAGCCAAAACCACCAGAUGUCGAUGCACACGAUGGAGCCAAACAACUACAACAACCAGAUUUACAUGAGUGAAGAGCCUCAACAGACCCAGGUGUACAGUGUUCCUGCCAGUGUUCCCCAGCAGUACAACAACCAAAUGUACCAGCAGCCCCUGCAGAGUCAGCAGCAGCAAAUGCUGCACCCGCAGGCCAACCUGAUGAUGCCUCAGCAGCAACAACAGCCGCAGCAGCAACAGCAACAACAGUCGUACCCUCAGCAGCCGUCACAGCCACAACAACAACAACAACAACAACAACAGCCGCAACAAACGCAGCAGCAGCCUGGGCAGCCUGGCGAGCCGUGCACCAGCGAUGACAGCGACGACAGCAUUCCAAACGCCAACAACAUGUACGUAAGCAGCGCCCCAAAGAGACCAAGUCCCGAACCUAUCGACUCGCUGAGUAGCAAAAACGCCAAAAAGCCGAAGGCGCAGAAGAAAAAGAAGAAACGAGAUCCGAACGAGCCACAAAAGCCUGUGUCUGCGUACGCGUUAUUUUUCCGAGACACGCAGGCGGCGAUCAAGACCUCGAAUCCAAAUGCCAGCUUUGGCGAAGUUUCCAAAAUCGUGGCCAGCAUGUGGGACGGACUGGAUGUCGAUAACAAAAACGUAUACAAGAAAAAGACAGAAUUGGCGAAGAAGGAUUACCUCAAGGCCUUGGCUGCUUACCGCGCCACGUUGGUUUCAAAGGAGGGCAACGCGGACGGCUCGGGCAUGGUGCAGCAGCCGCACGUUCCUGCGCCGAUGCAGCAGCCACCGCCUCACCAGCAGAUGCAGCAAAUGUACUACAACCCCCAGCAGCCGCAGUACGGGCAGCAGUACCCUGGCCAGCAGCAGCAGCAGUACCAGCACAUGCAGCAGCAGCACGAGAUGAUGGGCCAGGCGCCCCUCACGCCCACUUUGGCCCCCGAGCACACGCGGCAGCACCAGCAGCAGCAUCAACAGCAGCAGUACGCCCAGCAGCAGCAGCAACAACAACAGCAGCAACAACAGGAGCAGCAGCACCACAUUCAUGAGCAGCAAGCGAGGCACCACCUCGAUCAGCAAAACCAGAUGCCCCCAGACAAUCAGGGCUGGAACACGCAGCCGAUUCAGAUCUGCGUGAGGAGCGGCUGCCACAACCGGGCAAUCAACAACCCCGAGUGGCAAGACGAGUACUGUUCCAAUGAGUGCGUCAUCUCGCAUUGCAGGGACGUGUUUUCCAAUUGGGUCUCUUCGAACCAGCAGAACCAGCAGAACUUCUCCACCGUAAAGUAAGAUGGUUUUUGGCCAGCGACGCAAAAAUUGCUAAACGCUUGCUAGAGGAUUGUAAUGAUUUUGUUCGCAUUCCUCCCGCAGGCAAAUAUCUCACUCUCCAUAUUUUACUAAGAACUGACAAUGAGAGUGUGUAGCAAACAAUUUGAAAUAAAUUCAAGUAUUUUGCGUCGCAGCUCUGAGACAAAAUUUGAUUGUUGUUGCCACAGUCGAGGACAUGACUGAACUAUUAUGCUGAAAAUGAAUGAAAACAAAACAAACACGCUCUGCAGUCGGCCCAGUUUCCGCUUCCGAAAGGGAAUUUCGCGAACCUGGCCAACGCGCACUUUGUUUGUUCAAAUGGAAUUUAUUUUUUCGGAUUUAAACACAAUUUUAGACUUUGUUGAAACGGUUUUUAUAUUUUAUUGAGCUUAAUUGGAUGAAAAUUUUUAUUUAUUUUGUUUUACAAUGUACAGCUGUGAUUUAUACAUUUUUGACCAUUUUUACUUUUGGUCUCUGGUGAAUAUAAAUGCUUGUAAUUUUUUCUUAAAAGGUUAAAUUAUUCCUGGCAUUAAAUUUUUGUUUAUUCGGUUUUUGAGGGUUGAGAAUAAAUUAGGAAUCACUCUCAGUCAAAAAUUGGUUUGAAGCGCAGUAACUCGACCAGCUACCUCCGCUGGUUGUCGCUGUGGCGCUGCUGUCUCGAUCUUGUGCCUGAUUGAUUCAGAUUCAAACCACAAACCGCCAAAGUAACGUUUUGUUUUACUUUGGCACGUCUUUUCGAACUAAUUCGGCCCUCCGAGAUCGUUUCUGUAUAUAAAAUAAAACUCCAGGUCACAACAGAGGCUGUAAAUUUCCCUGGUUUACAAGAAUUUGUUAUUGGAUGACAAUUCUGGUCUGAAAAGCAUAACUAAAAAUUGGUUUUUAUCUAGUUCGGAUUAACGAUCGAUGAUAUACAUUAAUUCCAUUCGGACAAAAUCAGUGUGGGCGACCCUGGAAACUGGCAGAUUGACCGCCUAUUCCAAGUUGAAGGGCCGGUUGAAAGCGUGUGCGCGUGCGCGUGCGUCACCACCUGAAUACCUUGCAUAGCAACCUGCACUCUUUAUCAGCUAACUAAUUUAUAUACAAUGUAAUUAAAAAUACUUACGGAGGCAGACUGCGCAAAACUGAGUUGCCAACCAGCCAACCAACCAACCUACAGACACGUGAGGGAGAAAAACGGUUAUCAAACUUGCUCAUCACUUGAUAUAAAUAAAUAAAUGAAUAAACACACUAAUUAAUAAAAUGGUAUACUCGCAUUCCGAAUAUUGAGUUUUUACGGUCGAAUGGAAAUUGCUAGUCAAAAUUGCACUGCGCAGACUUAGUUUUAUUUCUACUCGAGAGUGUGUUGCUUUUAAAUUAGAUUUUAUUAGCAUCGGGGUCCGGAUAUUCACGCGUACGGCGGGAAAAUUACAAAAUUGGCUUGAAAAUUGAAUAAUUUUGUUGUUUUUUCUUUACUAAGAGCUGAUUAGCCCGGUAAAUUGAGGUAACGACCGUUAGAUGGCACAUCAGGCUAAAGGAAAUGUAGCAAUAUUCGCGGGAAUGAAAUUAUUAGGUCGGCACGCCCCCUUUUUCGACGCUUCUGAUUGCCCUCCAUUUUAUUUCGACACCAUAUUGAAUUCUGAUUGGCGGGAACAAACACAGAUCGCGACCCGGACCCCGUUGAUUAUUAGAUGAGUCAAAGAUUGGUUGCAGGUUGAGGUGGAAUGCAGAGAGGUGUACCUAAUCACACACACACAAACACACCCACACAUAUGUACAUGUUAUUGUAUACUUAAAAUGAUAAUUAUUUUGCUGACGCGACUGACAGUAGAGGGAGUUUUUCCAGAAAUGUGUAAAUUUAAAUCGUAUAUAAAUAUAUAUUUAACACACACACACACACACACACAUGUGCAUAUCCAGACUUUUUAGCAUCGGAUUGUUGUUUCGUCAGUUUGAAUAUUUUUUGUUUUCUUGUUGACAAAUGUAACACCUUUAUUUGCGAGCGGAAAAUUGAAAGAAAUACACACCCAGGGAAUUGUUCUGAGUAACUAAGGAUUUGCGAAGUGGCUCCAUGAUGCGCGGAAUUUUCAUUUACAUAAAACGUACAGUUUGGUUUUCUGCGCGCCUAACGUGCGCGACACAGCUGGCUGUACAGAACUGCGUGCAGAGUCGAGCCAUUUCGAGAUUUAUACAUUAAAGACUGUACUUGACGAAGUUUCUGAGCACGCCAAUCGAUUCCUGAGGCUCGAAUUAGUUAAAGUGGAUGUUUUUGCCGUUAAAAAAGAGCAGCCCGACGGGCGAACCUUUUUUCCCGCCAAAACAAUAUGAAUGCGAGAAGUGCGCAUGCGUGAGAGCUGGCUGGAUCUGAGACAAAGAAGUCAUUGGCACAGGCAGUGCUGAAACCAGCUCUGACGCAUGCGCACUUCUCGCAUUCAUUUGUUUUGGCGGGAAAUAAGUUCGCACGUCUCGCUGCAAUUUUUUUAACGGAAAAAACAUCCCCCUUAACUAAUUCGACCCUCAGGAAUCGAUUGGUGGGCUCAGAAUUUUCGUCAAAAACUGUCUUAAAAUUAUAGUUUAAGUUUUUUUUGCCACUGUCUCAUGAAACAUUGUAAAAUUUAAUAAUAAGUAAGAGAUAAUGCAAAAAUGUUGUAGUUUGUAAGCAAAGUAAAAAUAUAUAUAUUUAUUGCCAUCGGACUUAGCGCGCAGAAAUGAAGAAAGAAUCAUAAUGUUAAUAGUACAUAUAAUUAUUAUCCGUUUCUUUGUGUAGAAAUUUGUGUACAGGUUAGUUUAAAUUAUUGCCUAGUGGAUGCUCGCGCGCGCGAAAGCAGCGAGGAAAUUAAUUAACUCAAAAUAACGGUUUUUAUGCGUAAAAUGUGCCGGAGAAGCGAACCGCAAUUGUAAGGGCUCUUAUUCUUUCCUUUUGUUUGCGCUGAUUAAAAACAAAAUUGUUGACACCUCUGUGAGAGACCCGAUUCGACUUGACGCAUGUGUCACCGUGAAUUGCUCAAAAUAUUUCUGCAUUUUGAGUCCUGUCGUGUGCAUGUUGGUUGGUUUCUUUGCGAGCGCCAUGCGAGUGCUGCUGGAAGAAAAAGAAAAUAAACUGUUUUCUUAAACGCAUUGACAUGUUUCGGACGAUGAAUUAUUAUAAUCAAAAUAAAAAUGGUUAAUUAUA